UCAGGGUAAUGGUAACGCGAUACCCAGUAUUUUCACUGUUUUUGUGCUCAGUGCAAGCGUUUUUGGCAUGGAAUCAAGAUGCUGCUGGACCGAGAGGAGCUUUGCCGAUGUUUGAUGAUGCAAUUCCCCUACGUAUCGGCUCUGAUUUUGACUAUUUGAUGUUGACAAGAAUUUAUCCCACCGCUGUUUGCCGUGCCGACGAUGACUCAGUCCCAAACAUCUGUGAAAUCCCAGCCGAAACUCCGGAAUGGUCAAUCCAUGGACUCUGGCCAAAUUACCAAAAUGGUACUUAUCCACAAUUUUGCGAUGGAUUACCCAGAAAAUUCGAUGGAAAGUUGAUCGAGCCUAUUGAGUCGAACUUAACGAAAUUCUGGCCAAAUCUGUACCCAUCAAAGACGGCACAUUCAUUCUGGAAGCAUGAAUGGGAAAAACAUGGAACAUGUGCUCAAAGUUUGAAGAACCUUUCCUCGGAAUUUUUAUAUUUUUUCAAAACAAUGUACAUAGAUUCCCAAUUUUCUGUGGGAGCUGCCCUGAGGAGAGCAGGAAUUAUUCCCAGGGAGGAACCUUACCAUUUGGACGACAUACAAGAAGCUUUAAGAAACGAGCUAAGCUACGGAAAAAAUGUCCAAAUCAAUUGUCUCACAGAUAAAAAGACAAGACAAACUCUUCUUGGGGAUGUUCGCAUGUGCAUAGACAAGCAGUUUCGCCCUGUUGAUUGCCCAAUAGAGAAAAGCUUUCAACCUUUGACCUACAUCCUUGGUCAUCCACCACCAUUGCCAAGUUUCAAGAAAUGCCCCUUAUCAGUCGUUUACCUUUCUGAUUCUACGGCGAGAGUUCUGAAUGUGAUCGGAUUGGAGCAUAGAGAGAUAACAUACUGGAUCAAUCCUCUCAUUCCUAUCUACAGCACUUUCUUCAGCCUUCAGGAGCCAAAACAAGAAUUUUUGUGGGGAGUAAGCAUACCCUUCGUCGCCAUUGUUCUUUUCGUCUACUACAAAGGUGGCCGAGAUUUCUAGCCAUGGACGAAAAGCAUUGACGAUGGUCUUGGACAUAUAGGAGUUCCGUAAUGACAUGACAUUCAACGAAAAAACCUUUUUCUCAAUUGAUCUAACAGCUAUAGUCUGUGUACGGGUAUGUUAACAUAAUAACGGUUAUUGUUCACUUUCUCAAGACCCUCUCCUGUCGAGCUUUGUAAAUGUAGAUAAUGUUGUGAAUUUGAACUUAUAACUCUGCAGGUUGAUUAUAAAUUGUAGACUAGCUUGUUUAAUGAAUAUGAUUUUCUGU